AUUACUAUUGAACGAGUUAAUUUGUAUCGACUACCCCUCCAUUACUUUCCAUUUCAGCUGAAAUUGGAAUUUUCAUUAUUUGAAAAUAUUGCGAAUCAUCAUUUGGUAAAUCACUUAGUCACCGUAUUUAUAUGAACAUUAGGCAUGCCAAGGGAAAAGUCAUAUUCGCCGAGAAGAGGCUAUAGAAGGACACCGGAGAAACGCUAUGACAGAAGGAAAAGGUCAAGAUCACCUAGAGGAUCAAGAUCUCCAAGAAGGUCAAGGUCAUUCUCCCCAAAGUACAGAGGGAAAAAACAAUUUUCUCCAAAACACAGAUCCUCAGGAUUUAGCAGAGGUAGAGGAGGAGGACACAAUGUGCCUUAUGGAAGAAAACCUACAUAUGAAAAACGUGACAGGUCUCCAUUUGAAAAACGUGACAGGUCUCCAUACAGAAAAGAUUCAGGCCAUCGUUAUUCUAGAUCUCGUUCACCAUCGCCAAAGAAAAGGUCUCGUUCCCGGUCACCAAGGAGAAAGUCCCCCGAAGUAUCAGGGAGGGGAUUGCGACCCCUAAGUUUGGAUGAAAAGAGAAGAGAUUCCUUUAAGGUAGGACUAUCAUCACUGGGACGCCCUGAGACGUCAACCUUUCCUGUUUCCCUUGAGGACCCCUUCAGUAAACCUUCAUCCUCCCUGGGUGUUGGAGGAUUCAAAUCCUAUCGGGAUCUGUCACCUGACAACACUCAUUCAGCACUGCCCCCUGGUGUCAUAGGAACAGUGACGGUGGCUCCCCCUAGUUCCAGGAGGCCACUUUUAUCUGAGAGAUUCGAAACUAUUGACUCGGACUUUGUAGGGCCAGUCAGAAUUGAUGAAAACAUCACCAUUGGGAUCCAUCGCACUGGCCCUAAUCUACGCAACACUCCAAAUAAGCCUGUUGUUAGAAAUAUUGACAUGUAUAGUUUUGUUAUGUUGCGUAGAAGAGAUGAAGGAAAGAAACCUAUUUUUGAUCGUGAGGAAAUUAAGAUUUUUGGCCUAGAUAAUAUUUUAGAUGAGCAAAUUUAUGAUGAGAAGAGAACUAUAAGUGUCGUUCCAUCAGAUGAUCACAAGAAAUCCAACCGUUCUGGUAGCAGGUACUCACCUGACAGAGAGGACACGAGGACAGUGCGAUCUGCAGACCGACCUAGAGAGCCCAAAGUCAGAUUAAAUCCUAAGCCUGAUCCCAGGUAUGAGAAAAUUUUCCAGGAAUCGGAAGGGUACGACAGUAAAAGCAUUAACCCGAAUGAUUUACGUCAUAAUUUGAUGAAACGGAAACAUGAUGAUGAUGACUCUUUUGAUGCAAGGAGGAAGUUAGAAGACAGAAGGAAAGGCUCAGGACGGGAGCACUCAGACAGAGAUAGAAAGAGAUCACUGGAUGAAAGGUUAGGAAAGAAGUCUGAUUCUGAGGAACUGCCAGAUUUUAAAAACAGACCUGGGAAAUACAAAUUUGAAGCAUGGAAGGAAAAUCCAGAAAUGAUACCCAAGAAUCCAAUGUAUUUUGAGCAUGAUAACAGAGAAGGUGAUUCCAGUUCAAGAGGAAGAUUUAAUAAUUCUCGGGGAUUCCGCGGACGAUUUCGGAGGCCGUUCAGAGGAGGGUACAGAGGGCGAGGAUUUAGGGGCAGAUUCAGGGGGCGGGGCUACAGUAACUACAACAGUAACUACAGGCCCACUUCUAAUUACUACUCCUCUGAUAAGGAUGGGGAUGAUGACUAUGUCAAAAAAUAUGAUUCCUAUUAUAAAUCAGAUAAACGUUCACAUGACUAUCCUGAAGAGGGAGAUGACAAUUACAACAAAAAAUAUGGAUUUCAUUAUAAGUCAGACAAACGUUCACGAGAUUUGGACACCUGGAAACACGACUUGUAUGAUACCAUAGAGAAGGAAGACAAAGAGGAGAUGAAAGCAGAGGACAAGUCACAUGAUGAUAACAAGCCCACCAGUACUACCACAUAGACACAACAAUACCAUAGCAAAAAGUACAAAGUUACCACACAAGUACCACUACC